AUGCUGCCUGCCACGUCGACAUCGUCUGCCUCAAGCAAAACAACCAACAAAUCUCCUGCUUCUGCUCCUACACCCGCUCCUACAAAUAACUCCUCCUUGCCCCCCUCCCCGCCAAACAUCAAUCCCUCGCGCAAAUCUUCCAUCCGCCAGUCUUCCGCCGUCCCCGUAUCCUUCUCGGCCCACACGUCCGCGCCUCUGCCCGCGACCUCCUCCAAAGCACCCCUCCGUACUGUUAUCGAGGCCGACUGGCUAGCUCGCGCAAACUACACCUCCAGCAACUCCGGCAACCACCCAUACUCCCACAAGCACUCGCAUUCGCACUCCUCCCACCAGUCCCGCCGCCCCUCUUUCGCGAACCAGACAACAACCUCCUUCACACUCACAAUGCAGCCUCCCCCGCCCCCGGACCCCGAGCGCUACGCGACGUCCGACCUGAACUACACCAAUAAGACUUGGCCUGCGGCCAAGGAGAGAGUGGUCGCCGGCCCCUUUGAUUACCUUUCGGCUCUUCCCGGCAAGGACUUUCGCGCCCAGCUGAUCCAGGCCUUCAAUGUCUGGCUCGAGGUGCCCCAGGAGAGCAUCGACGUCAUCACCAACGUCGUCGGCAUGCUGCACACGGCCUCACUCCUCAUCGACGAUGUCGAGGACUCGUCCUCGCUGCGCCGCGGCCUCCCCGUUGCCCACAACAUCUUUGGCGUCGCCCAGACCAUCAACUCGGCCAACUACAUCUACUUCUGCACCCUGCAGGAGCUUCAGCGCCUCAAGAACCCAAAGACCAUCUCCAUCUUUGCUGAGGAGCUCGUUCACCUCCACCGCGGCCAGGGCAUGGACCUUCACUGGCGCGACACUCUCACCUGCCCGACCGAGGAGGACUACCUUGAGAUGGUCGGCAACAAGACGGGUGGCCUCUUCCGCCUAGGCAUAAAGCUCAUGCAGGCUGAGUCGCGCAGCCCGACGGACUGCGUCGAGCUCGUUAACCUCAUGGGCCUCAUCUUCCAGAUCCGUGACGACUACAUGAACCUCUCGUCCAAGGAGUACUCCGAGAACAAGGGCAUGUGCGAGGACCUGACCGAGGGAAAGUUCAGCUUCCCCAUCAUCCACAGCAUCCGCGCCGACCCGUCCAACCUGCAGCUCAUCAACAUCCUCCGCCAGAAGACCAACGACAUCGAGGUGAAGCGCUUCGCCGUCUCUUAUAUGGAGAGCACCGGCAGCUUCGAGUACACGAAGCAGGUCGUCGCCGUCCUCGUCGACCGCGCUCGCAAGCUCGCCGACAAGAUUGACGACGGCCGUGGCCUCACCAAGGGCGCCCACGCGAUCCUGGACAAGAUGGCCCUUGUCGACCGAACGACUUCAUGA